AACGUUCCAAACUCUUAUGAGAUAUUUGAGACAUGGUGCGACACGGCGGCAAGUGUACCUCCGGUCCACUCGAAUCUCGGAAGGCCGCCAUGUCACGGGCCGGAUGGCGGUGGCGAAGAGCAUGGGGCGAUGGCUCUUCUCGUACUCGCCUUUGCAGUGACGGACCACGUCGGUAGUAGUCGCUCGAAGGAUGUCCCCAGCGCCGAAACACGGUUGAGUGAUGUGCUGGAAGCGAUGGCCGGCGGUGCAUGACAUGGCGCCUCACAGUGUCCAUCACGUUCGAUCCACAACGACGUUGUCGAUCGGCGCGCGUGCUGAAAGAGGGUUUUUGCUGGCAAUCGGCUAUCCGACGCCUCUGCCCCCAAGAACCUCCCAGUGGGUUCCUUGCGAGCGUGAUUCUCAAAGAUAUGCCACAGAAAUUGUAGCGCGCGCUACCCCCUGCGAAGUGCCGCGUGCAUUCGAUCGUGGCAUGCUCCACGUCAAGGCAGCCACACCUAUGCCCAUCCCCUUUCCUGACAUGAGUCGGUUCAACCAGGUGGGCGAAGAGGUGCGCAGGUAAGUUGAACACGUGUCGUUUGGUUGGCGUGUCGCGGGUCGGCCGAAGAUUCAAAUCGUCUGGUCAUCGACGCCGUGCGCAUGCACCUCGUCCAGCCCCGUCGUCCGUGAUGUUGGAGAAUUCGAGAUUUUCCAGAUUCGAUUUUCCCA